AGCUUUUUUAUUUUAGUUGAUUGUAGUGUAUCUGUGAAGCCUCUGUGUAUCUAUUACUAUGCACAGCUAACAUAACGGUUGUUCUUCAAUAAUCACAAUGCAUUCUCUUGUGCCCACUGGAUUAUUAUGAGGAGAUCUUUGCUCAUGUUACAUGAAGUGAUAAGUGCUGCUUUUCUAUGCUAUGUGCAUGUAUGCGAGUGCGAGGGGAAGCCCUCUUGAAUAACACGUUUUCUGAUUGGAUAGAAUUGAGUGACGUCAUGUUUAAGGAAUACGGAAGUUCCCGUUACUCAGGUAUUUGACGAAUAGCGCGAAAUUUCGAAGCUGGUUUACUGAUUAAACUCAUGGCUGAAAGUUACCCAAAGUCCAAACUUAAACGAAAGAAAGCAUCAGUCGAAGAGCGCAAACCGGACAUAUCGUCGGGGGGAGCGACACCGACGGGUCAUUCAGCGUUGUUCUCCGGUGGCAUUACAUCAGAGAACGUUGGGUCAGUGCCUUGUGCAACAGCGUGGUGGAACAGAGAGCAGCUGCCUGCUGUGGAGAGUUUGUGGGCACUGACGUUGAAGUCUGCUCUUCCCCUCCAGGUGGACCAGAACUGGGACCGGGUUCCUGAUCUCCCACCUCCAUCUACAGUGAGACCCACAGCACUAAAGUUAAAUGAACAGCUGUGGUGCGACUUCAGUGAAGAGGUCGGCCCUUUCCCUGUGACCGCUCCACCUCCUCAGAAGACUUCGAGUCCACAUUCUCUGAGGCUCAGCUCCUCCCAGCAGGAUCUCUUGGCACUGACUGAACCUGUACCAGACCUGCCUGACAGACAGCUGUCCUCUCACAGCAGGCAAAGCCACGAUGGCGAAACAACAUCCCUUCAAACUCUCACCAAACGACCGCAGCCAUCCCUCCACAGCUGGGAGGAGACAGCAUCAUCAACAGGAUGCACAAGUGUUGGGGGAAGAGAGGGGAGGACAGGAGGAGAGCAAGGAGAACCCAAGACCGGACCUGUGAACAGAUGGCUUCUUACAAACCAGAUGAAGGUUUCUGACAACCAAGUUUUUCUGCAGAAGGAAGGCGAAAAUAAAGAGGAGGUGGAUGAGGACAACACGAAAGAGGAGGUGCAGGGGAGUUUCAGAGGAGCAGGAGCAGCAGCAGCAGCAGCAGCAGGAGGAGGAGGGUUGCAAAGCUGCCCCAUGUGCCUGCUGGUGUUCCCUGUUGGGUUCAGCCAGAUGGACUGUGACGGCCACCUGGCCCAGUGUCUGUCGGAGAUGAAUGUGGACAUGACCUGGUGACCCUGCUGUCAUGUUUCAUCUCACUCGCUUUAGACACCAGAUCUGAAAUAUACCUCCUCUCGAAUUUGUGUACUUGGCCUGUAAUGCCUUUGAUUCCAGCUGGUCAAGAGGAUCUGCAAAUUAGAAUGACAAUCCAACCUGCCUGGUCCUCUGAAAGAUAAGAGACCAACGUGGAACUGAGCCACAUCCCCCUAACAGGCACAAACAUGCAUUAGACUGACUCGUACACCAUCAGGUCCACUGUCAAUUAGACAAAGCUGAAACCAUUUCACAACGUGCGCCCAGCCUGAAUGUUAUUAACAUUCAGCGGAGUUAUCAUCAUGUGAUGUUGUUGAAAUAAAUGAUUUCAGUCACUGAAGUUUUUGUUUCGUGUGUAUAAAUGGCUUGUGUCUCAUGUAAUGUGCAGCAGGGGAGCCCAUUCCACUGCACUGGGAUUUUGCAGAUAUUUUACACAUCAUUUCUGUUGCCCCACCUUAUUACAGACUAAAAGGUCCCCUCAGGAAUAUUGGUUUCUUUUCUGAAGUACACAAAGUGUAUUUUUUUUAAAUUUCCGUUUGUGUUAAGAUUAAUCCAACGAGCUACAACAUAUUAACCAACUGAUGCAGACAUGUUGGUAGGUUAGUUUUUGAACUUGGGACAGAGCCAGGUGAAACACUUCCAGGCUUGAUGCUAAGCUAAGCUAACUAUAUCCUCACUCCAACUACUAACUGAAUGAGCCUGAUAGUGAGCAUUGCAUUCCAAUCUCAGAAAACAUGUAAAUCAACUACAAUAUUUAGUUAAAUGGAUUCAGAAGGACAGUUAUAAUAGCUCAAAUAGCUAUAAUAGAACAAAAUCAAUGCAAAAAUACUUUAGUUGCAGAGCUUGCCUUCCUACCAUACUCAAUUAAGAAAAUUAAUUAUUUCAAAAAUAUCACAAUCUCUGCAACUCUGACAGCCUGGUGGAAAGCAAACAAAACUACUAAAUCAUCAUUAACACCAUGCAGAUACACUCCAAUUUGGCACAGCCCUGACUUUCAAAUUCAUAAUAAUCCCAUCUACUUUCCAGCAUG